AUGCUUAUUGACUGCUUAUUUACACUUUGCGACAGAGAUCCAACAAUUGAAAACAUCUAUCUUCACGUUCAGAUUAAUAAUGAGUCAGCAUUGGAUUUCUACAAACGUUUCGGUUUUGAAAUUGUUGGUGUAGCUGAAAAAUAUUAUAAAAGGAUUGAACCAGAUAGCGCUUAUGUUUUGGUGAAGAAAAUUCACCGAGAACUUCGUGAGAAUCUUCCAUAA